CUUGGUGAUCCUCAAGGGAAAGUUGUAGAUGGAACAAUAUUCCACGUUGUAGAAAAUGAUCUUUAUAUCGAUUUUGGAGGCAAAUUCCACUGUGUUUGCCUUCGACCACAAAGGAAUGGAGAAGACUUCGUGAGAGGAGCAAAAGUAAGACUUCGGCUGCAGGACUUGGAGCUCUCUACACGAUUCUUGGGGUCAUCACGAGAUUUAACACUGUUAGAGGCAGAUGCUGUUUUACUUGGUCUUAUUAGAUCGCCAAGAAAUUUAAAAACUUAGGCAGUUAUUUAAUUAUUAUAACUUUUUUUCAUAUAACAAAGUUAGUACGAAAUUGUGUACAUGAAUUGUUUAUAUAAAGAAAAAACUUGUUAUUUUAGGGAUUUUUCAUGUUUAUUUUAUUGAAGUGAUGAAGUAAAAAAAUGUGAAUAAAUAUGUAUAUAUUAA